AUGUCGCACAAAAUGAGAAGUGUUCCCGAUUUUCACCCCGAAAGCUUUCCAGUAGCACUGCCACCAUUCAAUGGUGACCAAAGCUCGGCGAAAGAUCGAAUUAAUCUGGUUAUUGACAACUGCAAUAAUUCUCUGGGGGAUGGCAGGUUUACCAAAGCUUUGACACUGGCAUGGGGAAUUGUGCUGGUCCACUAUACCAGUUCAAACGAUGUGCUAUUUGGCAUUGCACGGCCACCCUACUCUGGUCUGCAGCCAUGUGCUUUGAGACUCCGACCAGAGGAUUCCAUCACGGCGGCAUUUGACCAAGUCCAGGAUUCUAUCACUGCAACAUAUGAUGCAGUUCAAGAUACGGGCACCCUCAAAAACAUUCUCCAGAUCGUAGAGGAUGGGGAACAACCCUUCGAAGAGUUAGACAGCACAUGUCCUCUUCAAAUACAUGUUCGAAUUCGGCCAAAUGCUAUCGAAAUUCACGCACUGUUUGACGGAAAAGUUUUGGAAACCGAACUGAUGAAAAUGAUCUUGUUCCAGCUCCGUCAUGUCUAUACUAGCAUCACAAAGAUGUCACAAGCGUCUCUUGGUGACAUUCAAGGGAACAGCAUUGAAGGCAUCGAGAAGAUCCUUCAGUGGAAUGCUCAGGCUAUUCCGCAACGUGAUGAGAGACUGGCUCAUCAUAUAAUCGAGCAAAGAUGCCGGGAACAACCAUCAGCCCCCGCAAUCUGUGCAUGGGAUGGUACGCUGACUUACGGCCAACUGGAUCAGCAGGCCACCAACAUGGCUGCUCGGUUAGUCGCCGCCGGGGUGGGCCCGAAUCGAUUUGUUGGCCUGCUUAUGGAGAAAUCUAUGUGGACGACGGUGGCCAUAUAUGCCAUCUUGAAAGCCGGCGGAUGUUUCUAUCUCAUGGAUGCUUCACAUCCCGUCCAACGGCUCGUUUUGAUGAUUCACAAAACUCAAGCACGGCUCAUAUUGGCCUCAUCCAAGCAUGAAGCAUUGGCGAAGAAGCUCGAACUUCCCACCUGGAUAGUUCCUCGUGAUUUUGAAGAAGAAAAACUACCUCCUGCGCAACCGCAACAAUUCGCAACUGUCCCUGCCGAUAGCAUGAUGUACGCCGGCUUUACCUCUGGUUCGACAGGGGAACCAAAAGGAUUUGUGAUGAAUCAUGCGGCAUUUUCGAGUGGUCUAGAGACCUAUUGUCAGCAGUCCAGCCUGUCAACUCAGUCUCGUGUGCUACAAUAUGCCUCCUAUGCUUUCAUCGUCAGUCUCAUAGACCAGAUUGCCCCUCUUACAAGGGGUUCUUGCAUCUGUGUACCGUCUGAGCAGAUGCUUCAAGACGACUUACUAGGAGCCAUUCGCGAACAUAAUGCAAACUGGGCCAAGCUGACUCCGUCGGUUCUUCGGCUCCUAGAUCCAGCAGAUCUCUCGGGGGUGAAGACCUUGGCCAUUGUCGGUGAAACCAUACCUGUGAAUGAGCUGGAAAGGUGGCAGCAUCGUGGCAUACAACUCCUGUCUCUUUACGGACAGUCAGAGAACUCCAAGUGCUGCUCGUUUGCCGAUCGCAACGAGCCCGGCUGUGACGUUCGCCAGUACAACCGACCACACUGUGCCAUUCCGUGGGUAGUCAAUCCCCAUAAUCCAGACAUCUUGAUGCCAAUUGGUGCAGAGGGUGAGCUGCUACUUGAAGGCCCAUGCGUAAGUGAUGGGUAUCUGGAUAAUCCAGAGCAAAAUCGGAUGACAUUCAUACACGCUCCAGCUUGGCUGAAGUCGAUCCGACCAGAUAGCCAUACCCGACUAUUGAAGACUGGUGAUCUCGUCAAAUACAACCCAAAUGAUGGGACCUUGUACCUGGUGGGCCGUAAAGGAACCCAGGUUAAGAUUCGAGGCCAGCGAAUCGAACUUGCUGAGAUUGAACACCACCUGUGCCCUUUAUUCAACACUAAAGACCCGGCAGUAGUAGAUGUGAUUAUUCCAUCGGAUGAUACAUCCCAAAAUCCCUUACUGGUUGCCUUUGUACCUGUUGGAGACCAACAAUCCAUGCUCAAGCGAGACGGUCUGGUCGAAAAUCUUUUCGCGUGUCCCACCCCUGCUUUCCGUCAAGAAGCCCGAAAGGCCUUGUCAACCCUUCAUGAGGCCCUCCCUAGCUAUCUAACCCCACAGGCCAUUGUGGCUAUUGCAGCCUUACCACAGACCGCUACCGGGAAGCUGAAUCGACGAAUGCUGCGUGAGGCAGCUUCCAGCCUGUCUCGUAAGGAUCUGCUGGCGUACACCACUCAUGACGUUGUUCACCAAGACCCAGUCACUCCGUUGGAAAUUGUACUUCAAGAAACGUGCUCAAGGGUGCUUAAUCUGCCAUCGAGAACAAUCGGAAUGCAGUCCAAUUUCUUCGACCUCGGCGGAAACUCCAUCACCGCUCGAGAACUGGUGACCAAAUGCCGGCAGAGAGGUCUUUACAUUACGGUAGCUGAUCUAUUCCGAUCUUCCUCUUUGUUGACCCUUGCCAGGUGCCAUAAAGAUAACGACGUCUCUGUACCUGUCGAGGCUUCUGAUCCAUUCAAGUCAAUUCGGGAUAAAUUCCUCGCCAAUCUCCCUGCUACUUUAAUAGCGGAUCAGAUUGAGGAUGCUUUCCCAACACUCGAGGAACAACACAUCCUGGCUUCGACACACAUGCUCGACUAUCAUAUAUAUGAAUUGAAAGGCCCUGUGGAUAUAUCUCAACUUCGUCGUGCCUGCCAAGCGCUCGUUGACAAGCAUACCAUCUUGCGGUCGAUUUUUGUUCCUUUCCAAGAGGAAAUCAUGCAGGUCAUUCUACACCAUGUGAAUGUACCAUUUUCUAUCGAAUGUCCACAGGAUAUGACUGCCGACAUGUGGACGAAGUCGUUUUGCGAGGCCGAGCUGAAAAAGACCUAUUGUGCAGAUGAGCCCCGAGUCGAAUUCAAGCUGGUUCAAGGUUCACAAGACGACACCAUUCUGAUUAUCAGGCUUCUACAUGCGCAAUACGAUGCCGUAGGUCUUCAGAAGAUGGUACUUGAUCUGUGGUCUGGAUAUCAAGACCAAGCUAUUCAUAUCGAAUCAGAUUUUGCCGCAUAUGCGAGAGAAUGCGUCCGACAAAGAACCCCCGAAGCAUACCAAUUCUGGAGAGGCCUACUCGAGAACGCACAAGUCACCCCGGCUCCCUUCUCCAAUAUCCCGGUGGCACGGGAGGAAAACGUCUGCUUUGAGCGGGAGAUGCCUUUGCCUACGCCCCCUGCCGGGCGGACUAUGGCUACAGUUGUCAAGGUGGCAUGGGCAACAGUUCUGCAAGAAUGGACUGGCUGCUCUGACGUUGUCUUUGGUCAAUUAAUAGCCGCACGCAAUCUCCUUCUUCCUGGUGUCGACGAAAUCUUAGGCCCCUGCAUCAACACGAUUCCAGUGCGAGUUCACCAGACGCUGGAGUCUGCGGGUCCUCAUGAUCUCCUCCAGGACGUGCAGUCUGAGCAUGCUGAAGGCAUCAGCUUUGAGACCAUUGGGUGGGAUGAAAUGGUGCAGGGUUGUACCAUGUGGCCACGAGGAACAAAACCAGGCUCGGUGAUUGCGUUCCAAAACUUCAACAGAAGCCCCCAAACGCAGUUUGGACCGGUGAGCUGUCGAAAGAGCACACAAUUUUUCAAUCUCCCUCCUGAGGAUACUGUUUGGCUGCUUGUCUAUCCUAGCAGCACCACUGCGUGUUUUGCGCUUGAGGCUUCCAACGCAGUUCUCCGACAGGACGAGGCAGACGCUCUACUGAAACGGUUUUGUGAAGUCCUGGAGGAGAUCUGCAAUAGUUCUCAGAGACCCUGA